AUGGUCAAAGCUGGCCACAUCAUAUUAUUGACUCAGCUUUUGGUCAUUGCCAGCGGCGCAGAUCUGAGAACAGACGACGAUUACGUUGACAAUGAAGUCAAGCCAGCCGAUUUGGCGCUUUCGUUUCCCAGGGUAUCUCGUAAAAGCUCUGCAUUCAAUGGAAACAUUGAAAAAAUCGACGUUAAAUGCGAUACGUCGAAUGGCAUGAUAGUAGAAGUGGAAUUUUCAGAGAUAUUCAACGGAGUUAUAUACAGCCAAGGAUACUACAACGAUCCAAAAUGCAGAUAUGUGAACUCUGGCAGUAAUGAACGUCGCUUUGUAUUCAAAGUGCCCUUCGAUGGUUGCGGCAGCAAGCCCUCCUGCUCGUUGUGUGCAUCUGUGGAUAAUAUUCUUAUCAUACAGAAUGACCAGGAUAUCCAAGAAAGCUGGGACACAGCACGCAAAAUCACAUGCAGUCGCAGCGAUGAACAGGAGAAAACCGUUUAUUUUCGACCAUUUGUUGUCGAUAUGCUAGAAGUGAUUGAGGUAGAAACUCCCAGCGGUCCAGUUGAAUGCUGGAUGGAAAUAGGAACGGGUCUCCCACCGAAUAUUAAGCCAAUUAAUUACACGUUGAAGCUGGGCACGGAUAUAACAUUUACUAUUAAUGUGAAACAAUUGUAUCAGACUUGGGAUAUUAACAUUUUACAAUGUUAUGCUUCUGAUCAGCCAGAUUUUGAAGCAGGAACUACAAACAAACUGCAGCUAUCCGAUAAAAAUGGAUGUUCGCUGAAGAAAAAAGUUUUCGGCGAGUGGAAAAAAUUGGAAUCACCUCCUGGUGAAACGUUAACAUACUACAAUACGCUUAAAGCUUUCAAGUUUCCCGACCGAUCUCAAGUUUAUCUAAAAUGCGAUAUUGAGCUAUGUAAUGGACCCUGCGAACGAUUACUUACUUGUGGUGAGGAUAUAAUCGAACCUUGUUCGCCUAGCUCAAGCAGGAAUUGCGGACAAGAUUCUCAAAUUACACCGAAGCCCCGUUGCUAUCUUGGUUCAACGGAUCCCAAUUGUCAACCAACAACUUACUUGCCUCCAACCACUGUUCGACCACCAGUAACACCGACUAAGCCAAGGUGUUAUCCAGGCUCAACCGAUCCUCGCUGUCCACAAGAGCCAAAGACAACUGCUUCGCCCGACUGCUAUCCUGGAUCAAGUGAUCCUCGUUGUCCACAAGAGCCCAAGACCACAUCAAAGCCCCGUUGCUAUCCUGGCUCAAGAGAUCCCGAUUGUCAACCAGCCACUUACUUGCCUCCAACUACGGUUCGACCACCGACACCGACUAAGCCUAGGUGUUAUCUAGGCUCAACCGAUCCUCGCUGUCCGCAGGAACCAAAGACAACUACUUCGCCCGACUGCUAUCCUGGGUCAAGUGAUCCUCGUUGCCCACAGGAAUCGAAAACCACAUCGAAGCCCCGUUGUUAUCCUGGUUCAACAGAUCCUGAUUGUCAACCUGCAACUUACCUGCCUCCAACCACUGUUCGACCACCAGUAACACCGACUAAGCCAAGGUGUUAUUCAGGCUCAACCAAUCCUCGCUGUCCACAAGAUCCAAAGACAACUGCUUCGCCCGACUGCUAUCCUGGCUCAAGUGAUCCUCGUUGUCCACAAGAGCCCAAGACCACAUCGAAGCCCCGUUGCUAUCCUGGCUCAAGAGAUCCCGAUUGUCAACCAGCCACUUACUUGCCUCCAACUACGGUUCGACCACCGACACCGACUAAACCUAGGUGUUAUCCAGGCUCCACCGAUCCUCGCUGUCCACAACAGCCAAAGACAACUGCUUCGCCCAAGUGCUAUCCAGGCUCAACCGAUCCUCGCUGUCCACAAGACCCAAAGACGACUGCUUCACCCAAGUGCUAUCCUGGAUCGAGUGAUCCUCGCUGUCCACAAGUGCUAAAGACAACUGCUUCGCCCGACUGCUAUCCUGGAUCAAGUGAUCCUCGUUGUUUACAAGAGCCCAAGACCACAUCGAAGCCCCGUUGCUAUCCUGGCUCAAGAGAUCCCGAUUGUCAACCAGCCACUUACUUGCCUCCAACUACGGUUCGACCACCGACACCGACUAAACCUAGGUGUUAUCCAGGCUCAACCGAUCCUCGCUGUCCACAAGACCCAAAGACGACUGCUUCGCCCAACUGCUAUCCUGGAUCAAGUGAUCCUCGUUGUCCACAAGAGCCCAAGACCACAUCGAAGCCCCGUUGCUAUCCUGGUUCAACAGAUCCUGAUUGUCAACCUACAACUUACUUGCCUCCAACCACUGUUCGACCACCAGUAACACCGAGGUGUUAUCCAGGCUCCACCGAUCCUCGCUGUCCACAACAGCCUAAGACGACUGCUUCGCCCAAAUGCUAUCCAGGCUCAACCGAUCCUCGCUGUCCAACAGAGCCCACUACAACGACCCCAGGUCCUUCAUGUUAUCCAGGAUCAAAGGAUCCAGAGUGCCUCAACUGUUUCCCUGGAUCACCAGAUCCAAGGUGCCCCAAAGUGCAAACUACUAAAAAGCCUGGAUGUUUUGACGGAUCAAGUGAUCCAAAAUGUCAACCAGCCACUUACCUUCCGCCAAUAAAAACGACGAGAGUUCCAGGCAAUCAGAUUACGCCACCAAAGCCCUCUUGCUAUCCAGGUUCAACCGAUCCUCGCUGUCCACAACAGCCAAAGACGACUGCUUCGCCUAAAUGCUAUCCAGGCUCAACCGAUCCUCGCUGUCCACAAGACCCAAAGACGACUGCUUCGCCUAACUGCUAUCCUGGAUCAAGUGAUCCUCGUUGUCCACAAGAGCCCAAGACAACAUCGAAGCCCCGUUGCUAUCCUGGUUCCACAGAUCCCGCUUGUCAACCAGCCACUUACUUGCCUCCAACUACGGUUCGACCACCGACACCAACUAAACCUAGGUGUUAUCCAGGCUCAACCGAUCCUCGCUGUCCGCAGGAACCAAGGACAACUGCUUCGCCUGACUGCUAUCCUGGAUCAAGUGAUCCCCGUUGUCCACAAGAGCCCAAGACCACAUCGAAGCCCCGUUGCUAUCCUGGUUCCACAGAUCCCGAUUGUCAACCAGCCACUUACUUGCCUCCAACUACGGUUCGUCCACCAGUAACACCGACUAAGCCAAGGUGUUAUCCAGGCUCAACCGAUCCUCGCUGUCCACAACAGCCAAAGACAACUGCUUCGCCCAAGUGUUAUCCUGGAUCAAGUGAUCCUCGUUGCCCACAGGAACCGAAAACCACAUCGAAGCCCCGAUGCUAUCCUGGUUCAACAGAUCCCGAUUGUCAACCUGCAACUUACCUACCUCCAACUACAGUUCGUCCAACAGUAACACCGACUAAGCCAAGGUGUGAUCCAGGCUCAACCGAUCCUCGCUGUCCACAACAUCCAAAGACAACUGCUUUGCCCAAGUGUUAUCCUGGAUCAAGUGAUCCUCGUUGCCCACAGGAUUCGAAAACCACAUCGAAGCCCCGAUGCUAUCCUGGUUCAACAGAUCCCGAUUGUCAACCUGCAACUUACCUACCUCCAACUACAGUUCGUCCACCAGUAACACCGGCUAAGCCAAGGUGUUAUCCAGGCUCCACCGAUCCUCGCUGUCCACAACAGCCAAAGACAACUGCUUCGCCCAACUGUUAUCCUGGAUCAAGUGAUCCUCGUUGCCCACAGGAACCGAAAACCACAUCGAAGCCCCGAUGCUAUCCUGGUUCAACAGAUCCCGAUUGUCAACCUGCAACUUACCUACCUCCAACUACAGUUCGUCCACCAGUAACACCGGCUAAGCCAAGGUGUUAUCCAGGCUCCACCGAUCCUCGCUGUCCACAACAGCCAAAGACAACUGCUUCGCCCAACUGUUAUCCUGGAUCAAGUGAUCCUCGUUGCCCACAGGAACCGAAAACCACAUCGAAGCCCCGAUGCUAUCCUGGUUCAAUAGAUCCCGAUUGUCAACCUGCAACUUACCUACCCCCAACUACAGUUCGUCCACCAGUAACACCGACUAAGCCAAGGUGUUAUCCAGGCUCCACCGAUACUCGCUGUCCACAACAGGCAAAGACGACUGCUUCGCCCAAAUGCUAUCCAGGCUCAACCGAUCCUCGCUGUCCAACAGAGCCCACUACAACGACCCCAGGUCCUUCAUGUUAUCCAGGGUCAAAGGAUCCAGAGUGCCUCAACUGUUUCCCUGGAUCACCAGAUCCAAGGUGCCCCAAAGUGCAAACUACUAAAAAGCCUGGAUGUUUUGACGGAUCAAGUGAUCCAAAAUGUCAACCAGCCACUUACCUUCCGCCAAUAAAAACGACGAGAGUUCCAGGCAAUCAGAUUACGCCACCAAAGCCCUCUUGCUAUCCAGGUUCAACCGAUCCUCGCUGUCCACAACAGCCAAAGACGACUGCUACGCCUAAAUGCUAUCCAGGCUCAACCGAUCCCCGCUGUCCACAAGAGCCAAAGACGACUGCUUCGCCCAACUGCUAUCCUGGAUCAAGUGAUCCUCGUUGUCCACAAGAGCCCAAGACAACAUCGAAGCCCCGUUGCUAUCCUGGUUCCACAGAUCCCGCUUGUCAACCAGCCACUUACUUGCCUCCAACUACGGUUCGACCACCGACACCGACUAAACCUAGGUGUUAUCCAGGCUCAACCGAUCCUCGCUGUCCGCAGGAACCAGAGACAACUGCUUCGCCUGACUGCUAUCCAGGAUCAAGUGAUCCUCGUUGUCCACAAGAACCCAAGACCACAUCGAAGCCCCGAUGCUAUCCUGGUUCAACAGAUCCCGAUUGUCAACCUGCAACCUACCCACCUCCAACUACAAUUCGUCCACCAGUAACACCGACUAAGCCAAGGUGUUAUCCAGGCUCCACCGAUCCUCGCUGUCCACAACAGCCAAAGACAACUGCUACGCCCAAGUGUUAUCCUGGAUCAAGUGAUCCUCGUUGCCCACAGGAACCGAAAACCACACCGAAGCCCCGAUGCUAUCCUGGUUCAACAGAUCCCGAUUGUCAACCUGCAACUUACCUACCCCCAACUACAGUUCGUCCACCAGUAACACCGACUAAGCCAAGGUGUUAUCCAGGCUCAACCGAUCCUCGCUGUCCACAAGAGACUAAGACGACUGCCUCGCCCAAAUGCUAUCCAGGCUCAACCGAUCCUCGCUGUCCAACAGAGCCCACUACAACGACCCCUGGUCCUUCAUGUUAUCCAGGAUCAAAGGAUCCAGAGUGCCUCAACUGUUUCCCUGGAUCACCAGAUCCAAGGUGCCCCAAAGUGCAAACUACUAAAAAGCCUGGAUGUUUUGACGGAUCAAGUGAUCCAAAAUGUCAACCAGCCACUUACCUUCCGCCAAUAAAAACGACGAGAGUUCCAGGCAAUCAGAUUACGCCACCAAAGCCCUCUUGCUAUCCAGGUUCAACCGAUCCUCGCUGUCCACAACAGCCAAAGACGACUGCUACGCCUAAAUGCUAUCCAGGUUCAACCGAUCCUCGCUGUCCACAACAGCCAAAGACAACUGCUUCGCCCAAGUGCUAUCCUGGAUCAAGUGAUCCUCGUUGUCCACAAGAGCCCAAGACCACAUCGAAGCCCCGUUGCUAUCCUGGCUCAAGAGAUCCUGAUUGUCAACCAGCCACUUACUUGCCUCCAACUACGGUUCGACCACCGACACCGACUAAACCUAGGUGUUAUCCAGGCUCAACCGAUCCUCGCUGUCCGCAGGAACCAAAGACAACUGCUUCGCCUGACUGCUAUCCUGGAUCAAGUGAUCCUCGUUGCCCACAGGAACCCAAGACCACAUUGAAGCCCCGAUGCUAUCCUGGUUUAACAGAUCCCGAAUGUCAACCUGCAACUUACCUACCUCCAACUACAGUUCGUCCACCAGUAACACCGACUAAGCCAAGGUGUUAUCCAGGUUCCACUGAUCCUCGCUGUCCACAAGAGCCAAAGACAACUGCUUCGCCCAAGUGCUAUCCUGGAUCAAGUGAUCCUCGUUGCCCACAGGAACCCAAGACUACAUCGAAGCCCCGAUGCUAUCCUGGCUCAACAGAUCCCGAAUGUCAACCUGCAACUUACCUACCCCCAACUACAGUUCGUCCACCAGUAACACCGACUAAGCCAAGGUGUUAUCCAGGCUCAACCGAUCCUCGCUGUCCACAAGAGACUAAGACGACUGCCUCGCCCAAAUGCUAUCCAGGCUCAACCGAUCCUCGCUGUCCAACAGAGCCCACUACAACGACCCCUGGUCCUUCAUGUUAUCCAGGAUCAAAGGAUCCAGAGUGCCUCAACUGUUUCCCUGGAUCACCAGAUCCAAGGUGCCCCAAAGUGCAAACUACUAAAAAGCCUGGAUGUUUUGACGGAUCAAGUGAUCCAAAAUGUCAACCAGCCACUUACCUUCCGCCAAUAAAAACGACGAGAGUUCCAGGCAAUCAGAUUACGCCACCAAAGCCCUCUUGCUAUCCAGGUUCAACCGAUCCUCGCUGUCCACAACAGCCAAAGACGACUGCUACGCCUAAAUGCUAUCCAGGUUCAACCGAUCCUCGCUGUCCACAACAGCCAAAGACAACUGCUUCGCCCAAGUGCUAUCCUGGAUCAAGUGAUCCUCGUUGUCCACAAGAGCCCAAGACCACAUCGAAGCCCCGUUGCUAUCCUGGCUCAAGAGAUCCUGAUUGUCAACCAGCCACUUACUUGCCUCCAACUACGGUUCGACCACCGACACCGACUAAACCUAGGUGUUAUCCAGGCUCAACCGAUCCUCGCUGUCCGCAGGAACCAAAGACAACUGCUUCGCCUGACUGCUAUCCUGGAUCAAGUGAUCCUCGUUGCCCACAGGAACCCAAGACCACAUUGAAGCCCCGAUGCUAUCCUGGUUUAACAGAUCCCGAAUGUCAACCUGCAACUUACCUACCUCCAACUACAGUUCGUCCACCAGUAACGCCGACUAAGCCAAGGUGUUAUCCAGGCUCAACCGAUCCUCGCUGUCCACAACAGCCAAAGACGCCUUCUUCGCCCAACUGUUAUCCUGGAUCUACUGAUGUUCGUUGCUCCCAAAGCUUAGUGACUUCAACUUUAUCGCCCGACACGACUCCUGUUUACUGUUUCCCUGGCUCUGUAGAUCCCCGUUGUCCUGAUACGUAUAAGGGUUCAACGCCCAUACCGGCAACGUAUUUGCCCCCGCUGAGCAAUCCAGGCUAUGACAGGACAGUUAGGGACGCGAAAAAUAAGUUUUUUAAUGAGAUCAACAAACUGGCAAUUACAAACAAUAAUGUGUUUGAGUUGGACGAUGAUGAGGACGGCGAGCCCACGCGAAUUAAACGCGAUACCGUAAGCGUUAAGGAUAUAGAUCCAAUAACAACCGCAGAUCAAAGCGAAGAUCUUUUAUCGAGGAAAAUUAUGAAGCGCGAAUUUACCGAUCGACAACCAGAUAGGGAAGUCAUUUCCUUUACACUCGGCAUUCGGACCGCCAUCAAGGUGAAUUAGCCAGUGUGGUAAAGUGCCAAAAAGUAGCUCUCGCGCACUUAAAUAGUUAAUCGCGUAAGCAUGUAUUAUGACUACAUAUUUAUAUCUUACUAUUAAUUUUAAUCAUUCAAAUAUACUCGAUUGUUAGUUGUAGUACUUGUAAGCUUUCUCAGCGUGUAACGCAUGAUUUAUGUAAAUGAAU